CAAUGCAUCCUUGAGGUUUGAGGCUGGGCAUGGAAGGUGCACGUGAUGUUGUUCAAGUGGAGAGAGCCUGAAGAAGGGGUCUGUGCAUGCGGAAGCCACAGCCGGCCAUCAACGCGGUUCCGCGUCGUCGCGAAGUCUUGGACGCGAUUGCGCCGCUUGGAUGCUCCGGCGUCUCUCGAAAGCUGGUCGCCGGAGGCCGCUGAAAAGAGAGGCAUCGAGAUGGCAACACCCGGUACGCUAGCGCGGGACCGCUCCACGUCCAGGCGGAAGUGUGAGGUCUAGCCUGCUAGGCGCGCCCUGCUGCUCGACCCUCCAGCUCGAUGCGCAGGCGCUUCUGACUGUGCGACACCAGCAGAUAUCCCACAGCCGUGCGAGGGCAACUCCUCCCUGGCAUACAUCUGCCCCCCAUGGACUCGAGCGCAGAGCCCCCGCCGGCAGCGGGUGGCAGCUCUGGCGCACCCACAGGCGCAUCGGAGGACGGAACGCACGACUGGACACACAAGCUUGCGCAGACGGACCACGUACGCUUCUUCCGCGAGACAGACUGGAACCGCAACGGGCUGGGGCCACCCAAGGACUGGGACCCUACGCUGCAGCUCUUUGCCAACUUUGUGCAUGCAGACUCCCGUGCCGCUUGCUUGUGGUGGGGUCCCGAUGCGGUCGCCAUCUACAACGAAGCCUUUGCUCCCAUGUGCCAUGGAGUGCACCCCGCGCUCAUGGGCUCGACCUAUGCGCGAGGCUUCCCCGAGCUGUGGCCUUACAUUCGUCUGAUGUUCGAGGAGAGCGCCAGGACGGGCAUUGGGCAGAACGUCAACUCGGACACGCCACUACUUGUCGAGCGCAACGGAUGGAGAGAGGAGGCCUUCUUUUCGGGAUCCUUCAUACCCAUUGGGCCGCCCCACCAUCCGCUGGGCUUCUAUAACUCAGUCUUUGAGGUCACCGACCAUAAGCUCGCCGAUCGUCGCACCUCCAUGUUGAACAAGCUGGCUGCUGUCCCCGACCAGAAAACCAACGUCGUCAUGACACACGUGCUCACAACGCUCGCAACGAAUCCCCACGACGUGCCGCUGGCUGUCAUGUACAAAUUCGAUUUCGAUGACACGCUUGGAGAGCGGACAACACUACGCCUGCAGGGACAGAUUGGGCUCCCAGAAGGCCACAAGCUUCUCGUAGACGUCGCCGACAUAACCAGUGACGAGGGCUUGGUGCCUGAGCUGCGACGUGCUGGUUCUGAAGCCAUCUUCAUCGAUUGCGACCAACGCUUUGACAAUGCUUCCUGGAGAGGCUGGGAGGCGCCGUCGAAAAAGAUUGCUGUUCUCCCCAUCUCAAGUUCUACUCGCCUUUUCGGCUACUUGGUGGUUGGCCUGAACCCGUAUCGACCGUUCGACGAUUCCUGCCGUCAGUUCGUCUACGAUCUGAAUCGCAUGGUCUCAAGCAUUGUUUCCGCUGCAAUAAAUUUUGAGCUCGCUGAAACCCGGCGUGACCAGCUUGAAUGCGAUCUCGCCGUCUCCAAUCUCAAGCUUCGCCACCUGGUUGAACACGCAUCAGUAGGCAUGUGCCACGUUGCCAUUGAUGGCGAGAUGUUGUGGGCCAAUGAUCAGUACUUUCGUCUUGCCGGACGAAGUGCGGAACAACAUCUCGCCAAUUACUCUUUCUACGACGCCUACCUAGAGGAAGAUCUACCCCAAGUAAGGGAGGUUUGGCAGGAACUCCUUGCCGGGGUGGAGCAUAUACAUGCCGAGUUCCGUAUGAAACGAACCUACACUUCCCCAACCGGUGAGGAAAUACCAGCUUCAAUACAAGUCCUCGCUUUCCCAUAUCGCGAUCCAGACUCUGGCCACGUCAGGUCAGUUAUGGCUUGCACCACCGACAUCUCGCGACUGAAAUGGGCUCAAGCCUUCCAUGCUAGGUCCGCAGCAGAAGCAAGAGAAGCAAAAAGGCAGCAAGAGGCUUUCAUUGAUGUUGUCUCCCAUGAGAUGAGAAACCCUUUGGGCGCCAUCGUGCACUGUGCAGACGCUAUCAUUGCAAUGGCGGAAGAAAGCAAGUGCGCUGGCGUUACAGUUCCAGGUGAUGGGGCGCUAGCGGAGAUUGUACAACAUGCUAAGAUUGUCUUGCAGUGUGCCACGCACCAAAGACGAAUUCUUGACGAUGUCUUGACUCUCAGCAAACUGAAAUCAAUGUUGUUGUCUAUCAAACCUGUAGCGGUCGAGCCUUCAAGCUUGAUCCGCUCCAUCAUGAAUAUGUUCGAUGCCGAGUUAGACAGUAGCUCUAUCCGAUGCACUGUCAAUGUCGACUCUUCCUUGUCUGAUCUCGCCAUCGACCAAGUCUACUUGGACUCAUCUCGGGUUACCCAGAUUCUUAUCAACCUUGUUACAAAUGCGAUCAAGUUUCUCAAGCUGGCAAACGAACCGUCAGUAUUAAUCACGCUUGGAGCUUGCGCGUCUCAUCCGCGGGGCUUCUUUCCCGACAAAAUGUUCUGGGCCGACGGCGAGCCAAGUAGCGACGUGACCAAUACUCCAGAAUGGGGCACCGGUGAGCAGCUUUAUCUCACCAUGAUCGUCGAGGAUUCCGGAAUAGGUAUGACCGAUGAUGACAUCGCAAGGCUGUUCAAACGCUUCUCACAAGCCAACAUCAAGACGCACGUUACCUACGGGGGCAGUGGAUUGGGUCUUUACAUCUCAAAGGAGCUUGCUGAGAAGCAAGGCGGCGAGAUCGGAGUCACCUCUGUGUCUGGAAAGGGAUCAAAGUUUGGAUUUUAUGUCAAGUGUCGCCGCAGGGAAGAGGAAGCACCAGACACUACGAAACCCAUCAACGGCACGGAACACCCAACGACUGUGCCUCAGCAGUUGCAUAUCUUAUUAGUAGAAGACAACUUGAUCAAUCAAAAGGUGCUCAGCAUGCAGCUCAGGCGAGGGGGUUGCAUAGUAGAAGUGGCCAACCAUGGAAUCGAAGCGCUAGAAUAUCUUGAAAAGAGCACUUUCGACGCCGUGCUUAUGGAUUCUGAGAUGCCUAUUCUAGACGGCCUUGCAGCUACUCGCAUGAUCCGACAAAGAGAGCUCGAAGGUAAAGGUCUCCUUAACUCAGCGAUGGCCCGAGGCCCUCGAGCUGGCACACGACUGCCCGUCAUUGCGGUGACUGCGAAUGUUCGCGAAGAGCAAAUACAGGCGGCAAUGGACGCUGGUUCGGAUGACGUUGUGCAGAAGCCGUUCAAGGUGCAAGAGCUACUAGACAGGAUAUAUGCCUUGAUCCACGAAACUUCACGCGAAGCUCUGGUCAACCAUCUUACGAGUGCAACAUCGACAAUAACGCUUAAUGAGGCAGCUAGCGAGGACCAAUGAUGAAGUGUCUCGGUAUGAAGACCUUGAUCAGGAACUGGCCAGAAAAAAAUUCAAACCAAAACAAGCUGGUGAAACAAAACAUGGUAUAAUGCCUUGCGACAGAGCUUCAAGCGGUGACUGCACCGCGCACCUGUGGCCGACACCAAGAUUCGAAGACUUUGGGCCGGGGUUCAAGCCAAUGCGAGUUUCGCCUCACGGGACUAUUGACCCUGCUUAUCUUUGCAACGACGCAAGGUUACUGUACAGGUGGCGAGGCUACGCUCGUGCGCUCAAGCUACCCUGGAAAGGACUUUGAGCGUGCUCCACAACCGAGGGCGAUUACGAUCCAAAACC